GCGUGCAUGCACAAAUGCAUGACGACACAUAUGAAUACGAAUAUAAGUGAGGCAGGCAUGCAGAACGAGAUCGCCCCACCAAGUCAGACAGUAGAGGGGUGCAACAACCCCGGUACACAGAGGCAUAGCUCAUACAAUUAUAUUUUGUCCGGGUCAAUGACUAUCCUUGUUGAAUAAUAAAUACCUGCGUCAAAUAUAUGGCAUCGCAUGCUAGUGCAAAAAUAGCUUGCAUGGAUUUUUUAAAAAUCCGGUGACCACUAGAUGGCCUCGUAUACCCACAUUUAGAUCAACUGUACUUGAUUUUUCAUCAGUACUGUGAAUGACAAGCCCACUGAAUCUAGUUUAAUAAUCUUUGUACUCAGCAGGUAGAGGCCUAGGUACUUCAAAUCAGUGCUUAAUUUGAGCAGGAUCAUGCCAGAACAGGAUCCGGCACCGUUCCUACUGUUUUAUUCCGGAACCUAUUUGGCCGAAUCCAGGUACCUCUCGUGCCAUGAAAAAUCAUUUUCACUUUUUGCUAUGUAACAAUUAUAAUAAAAGCGAUCAAAGUUCAUUCGAGUUGCCUCUUCGUCAAUUAUCCUGCCCCCUCAUCUCUCCAGAGUUGCACUUCAUCAUUUGUUUCCUUAUAGAAUCAUAGCUGCAUGAAGGGUUCUGGAGGAAUUUUCUAAAGUUACGCAAUUACUGCUGUCUCUUCAGAAAUAAAUUAAAUCAUUCAGAAUAGCCUAAUACGUCAUGAGAAGCCCUAUAAUUUAGCUACAGAGGACCAAUAGCUUCUUUUUAAAAUAGCCUAGCUGCGGAUUGUAGCCCAAUAACAAAGAAUAGCCUACAGUCGGGAACGCGAGGCAAAUCUGUCAGUGAAAAAACAGCACGCAGACAAAACAGGCCUUUUGCAAUAUUUCAAAUACAAUCGAGGGAAAACACAGGUUGAAAAGCAAUGACUCUUGCUGAAAAGAUAAGACUAUGCUGUAGACUACCAAAAUAUUUGAUCAACUCCCAAACAUUGUUUUUACAAAACAGAGAGGGAGAGAUAGGCUUUUGACACGAGCGCAUCGACAAUCUCCAGCGAGUGAGCUGCGCAUCAUUGGGAUUACUUCCACGUGCAACUGUCAGACGACAAGUAGGUGAGGCACUCCCGGGAGCUGAGCUAUGCUGGUGCCAUCCUUCGGGACAGCUGGGUCCUGACAGACGUUGGCAUAACCCCUAGCAGUGCCAUCUGCUGCCUGCUGAAGCGGGAGCCGGUGGUGCGUGUGUUCAGUGCCGUGACGGGGGAGACCCUCUCAGUCUCGGGCACUGUGUUUCUCCUGAGUACGUCUGUGGCCAGGCUCAUGACCCUGGUGUCCCAGCAGUGUGGGCUUCCCGUCAGCUCCUUCAGACUGAGCUCUCCCACCGGCCUGCAACUCUACGACUGCAACCGGCUGCACGACUACGCCAUUGACCUGGGGGCUACUCUACGGUUGGACACCUGGGAUGGGUGGGCGGAGUUCCUCAGAGGCUGCUUCCUGGGACACAGACUGACCGUCCAACGACACCUGUCUAGGGAGAGACCUGUGAUGAGGUUCCAGCUCCGGGUGGCACUCUACAUCGCUGCUUCUCUGGGCCACCUGGACCUGGCCGGCUGGCUGCUGGAGAGGGGGGUGCUUGUCAUUGAACCGGUGGGGGUUCACCCUUACCGUGAGUGGUGCCACCAGACGGCCCACCCCGACGUCACCAAGUGUCCCGCUGUCGCCUCCAUCGAGCGUGGCCAGCUCACCAUCCUCAAACUCUUUAUCGCCAGCAGCGUUCUGACCCUUGCCUGUCGGGAUCCCCAGGGUCGUGACCCCCUGAGGAUCGCCCUUCAGUACGGCCACAGGGAGUGUGUGAGUCACCUGGCCACCAAGCUGUGCUCUGUGGUGGUCCUCCCAGGUAUGGCCCUGCCCAUGCGGACAUACCUCCAGAUAAAGGGCUGGGUGAGGCUGGGGCAGAGGAGGACAGCAUCUAGGCACUGCAUCAGCCCCAACAGGGCUCCGUUCAGGACCAGGGUGGGCGACACGGUCCUGGUGGACGGCUUCACCCUCCCCAAGAUGUCCUCCAAGCCCAGGAGGAGUGAGGCCAAGGCGGGUAUCAGGGUGAUGUCCACAGCCUCUCGACGUUUGACCCCCAUCAACUGCCCAUCUCAUGUAUCCUGCCCGCUCCACGCCCUGGCAUCCCAGGAUAAACCUCUUCAACUACCGAAGCUACACCCUGUGGCCACGAGGGAUGAAAGAGAGAAGAAGAGGGGAUGUGGAGGGAAGGGAUGUGAGGAGGAUGAGAGUGGGGAUCAGAACAGCAACCAAUGGAGGAGCAGAGUCCCGCUCCCACCCAUUUCCAGAGACACCAAUCUCAGACCUGGGUUUGCCUCACCAAACUCCGCCCAGAUCCUCACCACCUCACUGGAGGCCUUUUCUCUCCACUGCGACCGCACACCCAGAGAAAACGCCAUAAACUGUUUGGCCUUGGCCAGGUUAGUCCAAGUUUAAAUGACAGCUACGGUGAAUAUGAAUAUAUAUAUAUACUUCUUUAAUCCUGAACGGCAAUCAGCAUUUACCAGUCAAUGGUUUUACCACUUCAUCACUGCCUAUGAUAUACCCUUAUCCUCCCUGAAUAGAUUUCAGUACAAACAAAUCAUGAGCCAACCAUCAUGCUUAGAAGGUACAUAGUAAAAUCAAAUCAACUCAAACUUUAUUUGUCACAUGCGCUGAAUACAACAAGUGUAGAUCUUUCCGUGAAAUACUUUACUUACAAGCCCUUAACAAACAGUGCAGUU